GUUUGGGUGAGAAGGCAUCGCGUGUUGGAAGCUGGAAUCCGGGCUGGUGGACAAGUAGCAGUGAAGAUGUGUGCCAUGCACGUCCCAGUUUUGACAACAGGCAUGACCACUCCAACCAGGUGAACAGCGAGCACUGCGGAAAUCCUGCUUGGUGGUCGUCACAGCUCGGGGAAAACAAAACAAAAAAACUCGCAAACAGUGCAUUUGGUUCCAAACCUGAACCAAACUCCUUCUUAGUUGAGAGGCUGCGGGAGCAGAAAUCCGUAAUGUCGAGGAAAAAGACACUCAGGAGCAAAAGUAGCACGCCCCCAAGCACCACCUUGCCAGCCGGGAGAAGCAAAGGACAGAAGUCGGCGAAAGGCAAUUCCGAGCCCCAGGGUCCGAUCAACGGGGUGUCCCUUCCAAACAGACCUUCACUGAGUAACAGCAGCGAGUUCUACGACAUCGCGUUUAAGGUAAUGUUAGUUGGAGACUCUGGCGUAGGCAAAACCUGCUUGCUGGUGCGCUUUAAGGAUGGAGCUUUCUUGGCAGGAAGUUUUAUUUCGACAGUGGGAAUUGACUUCAGGAAUAAAGUGCUAAACGUGGACGGAGUGAAGGUUAAACUGCAGAUCUGGGACACCGCCGGCCAGGAGAGGUUUCGCAGUGUAACUCAUGCCUAUUAUCGAGACGCUCAUGCUCUUUUGUUGCUGUAUGAUGUCACGAACAAAACAUCAUUUGACAACAUUCAGGCCUGGCUAACAGAGAUUCACGAAUAUGCAACACAGAACGUGGUGAUCAUGUUACUGGGAAACAAGGCUGAUGCAACACAAGAGAGAGCAGUAAAGAAAGAGGCAGGUGAAAAGUUAGCCAAGGAGUACGGGGUGCCUUUUAUGGAAACAAGUGCCAAAACAGGUCUAAAUGUUGAGCUGGCAUUUACAGCCAUUGCAAAAGAGCUGAAGCACAGGUCGAUGAAGUCACCAAGCGACCCCAAGUUCAAGCUUCACGACUACGUGAACUCGGAGAUGAAAAGCACAGGCUGCUGCAGCUCAUAACUUCUCCAGCCACCCUGCUGACCUGCUGGUACAAGAGAGAUCAGUGUUCAACAGCCUGGCCAGAUCCUCUUGCGGCUCCGCCAUCCUUUGUAAAGUCCUUGCAUGUACGUACUUGUUGUCUGUUCAUUUGACAAGUCUUUAUUCAAUGAGAAGACCUUGAAUUCAUGCAGAGGGUGCGUGGAAUAAAGAAGGUGUAAGUAAAAUGGUGUUUAAACCAGGAUCGAAAUGACUGAACUUAAUUGUUUACUUAAUCAAAAAUCUGCUUUUGCUGAGUAAGUUUGUAUCUGUAGAAAAACAAAAACGUGUAGGACAUUAAAUGUACUUGAUUGCACCUUGUGUAUAUUUUUUAAUCCUUUACCAGCUUACUUUAAUUUAAUUGGGGUAGAGUGGAGAGUCCAAAUGUUUGAACAUAAAUCAAAGUGCUGUUUGUGAGGGAAUCAUUUGACAAGCAAUUGAGCAAGUUGCCGAAAACAAUUUUUUAACGUAAAGUAGUUGGACUUGAUUAGAAUUUUAAUAAUAGUUGCAGGAUCUAUACAGUGUUUUCGAAGUAACCACAUCACAGUGGACAAAAGUGACAGUGUAAAUGAUUGACGGGUCUGUUAAUUGUGUAGUAUAUUGCUUUUUGCAGAAAGUAAACAUUUCAAAACUGUU